AUGAAACAGGGUGUUGCUCUCGGCUAUCACUGUCAGCGAUUGAUGCUUCGUGAUCGCUUUCUAGGGAACGAUUUGGGAGCGCAACUGCGUGCCUGUGAUAUUUUUUCCUCUGUUCUUCAAGACUUUGAUGGUGAACAAUGUGAAUCAUUGCACCAAAAGCGGAGGCGUUCAUGCCGCCGUACUUGCCAUUGCCGUGCUCGCCGUCCUCCAGUUAAACGAUGUCGUCUCCAUCGAUCGGUCUAUUGUUCUCGGAAGGUGGCCUGCUUGGAUACAGGAAAAGAGUCGGCAACUUUUAAAAAUUUGCUCAAAAAUCCAGAGAAAGACGGCCUUAUACACGCUGCAGCCUUCGAUUUCUCAAAAGCCUCCCUUGAGCCCCCAAAGGAGUGGCCCUUAUCUAUGGUUGAAUUCUCAUCCGUCCCCGCUUCCCAAGCCUUGGGCUUCCUCACCAACUACGCACUAAAAAUUCCAUACAGGUCAUCAACUCUAAAUCAGGCUCGGUACGGUGUGGUUCUUGGACCCCAAGUAUUCGAAUACGCAGAUGAUGUUUUCCUCCUCUAA